AUGGCACAUCUGACGCACUUCACUCUGCAAGUCCACGCCGAGCAUGCCUCCUCCCCCUCCUUAGUCGCGGCGGCUCCCUCGUUUCUAUUCGCCUCGCCCUCCCUCCUCACUCUCUCGCAAUUCCUCGCCGCGCCGCACGAUCGCGCCGUUUUUCUGACCGCGGUGCGGCAGCCGCGCGACGCGGCGUCGCCUUCGUCGUCGGAGUACCUCAUCCGCGACCACGCGGCCCCACGUACUGCCACGUCAGCAGGCCCAUCUGCUGCGUCACCGUUCGGCCCAGACGACUCAUUUCGAGUCGCAGGCGAGGUGGUGGGAUGCGUGCGAGGGAACUACGGCGGCACGCAUUUCAUUCUAGCGUCAUGCACGCCGCGAACCACGGCGACAAAGGAUGGUACCACUAGCAGCGAACCGCACGGAACGGUUACCAACGAUGGCGAAAUGCAUCGAAGCAGCAGCUACGACGAUGUUACAGAAAGCAGGCCGCAACGGGGUGCGGCCGAUGAGCGAGGGCGGGCGCGGGCGCGGGGGCGGGGGGAAGGCGGAGAGAGUGAGGGGAGAGCGCGGAGCGCAUCGGGGGAGGAGAUCUCGCCGCCGCGCGGCGGAAGCAAGAAAGCGGAUGCUCCCGGCAAGGGCGGGAAGGCGGGCAGAGAUUUUAAAUCCGGAAAGGGGUUUCGUCGCAAGAAGGGAAAAUCGUUGUCGCACGGCGAUUUUCUUUUCCCGAGAGGGUUGUCGCAUGUCGAUCGUGCGUCGUCCAGCCUCGCCGGUGCUGCCGUGAUCGACGGCGAUGCGCCUGCCUCCGAAAACGCCGACGCGUCUCCCCGGCACGUGGCUUCAGAGCGAGCGGCCUUCGCGCCGCUGCUCAUUGGAUGGCUGCCCGCGAAGGGCGGCAGGGGCGGCGGAACGGGGGGGGAAGACGGCGCGAGAGGAUGGGGAGGAGCGGGGGGAGGAGGGGCGCGGGGGAUUGGGGGGUUAGGAGCAGCAGGGGGAUGGCUGACAUGGAAUGCGCGGCGAGGCUCAGGAAAUGCGCGAGCGAAGGGCGACGACGAGCGGACGGGCGACGAGCAGAGCGAGUCGCAGGAAGAAGCGACGCAGGGGGGAGGGUCGCAGCGAGAAGAGUCGCAGAGGGAAGGGGCAGAGAAAGGCAAGCCGCAAAGUGUAUUCGGCGUAUCCUGGACUCAGGUACGACCGCGUCCCCUCUAUACGCAGACUCGCUUUAGUGUAUUGCACGUCGCCGUGUGGAAGCAAGCGCGCGUAACGCCGCACCCGCCCGUCGCCCCCCGCCCGCAGGUGGCGAGUGUCGCGGCGCGGGGAAGCACGGGGGCGCACGCAAGCGGAGAACGCCGCGAGGGGGGUGACAGUAACGAGUUGGAAGCUGUGGGGCCGGAGAACGGGGUCGUGAAGGGCAGCGCAGGAUAUUAUAAAGGGAGUGCGAGUGGGAGUGCUACUGCGGGUGCGAGUAUGAGCAACGCGUUGUGGCGUGUCUUCAGGGGCGCGCAGGAGAGCGGCGAGGAGUGUGCUUGUAACGAGGUGACUGUUGAGUCGAUUGAGAAGUGUUCCAGUAACGAAGGGGCGGAAUGCAAGGGCGCGUUGCACCGUGGCGGCGCGCAGCAGGGGAGCGGCGCGCAGCUGUGGGGCAGCGGCAGGUGGGGGCCGCGCGGGCGCGGAGGCGCGGCGGAGAGCUUGAAGGGCGCGGCUGACAGUUUCAAGGGCGGGGCGGAGAGCUCCGCUUCCGCGUUUCUCCGCGCCAUAAAGGGCGCGGGCGCCCGGGAGAGUGGUGGUGCUGGCGGGGGCGGGGAUGGCGGAGGUGGCGGCGGUGUGGUGGGCAGUUGGGGGAGGGCGAGCGGGGGGUCGGAGAGAGGGGCGCGGGCGCGGACGAGGGGAUGCGGAGCAGGGGAGCUUGUGGGGGCGGAAAGGCGGAGAGAGGCAGGGGCGGAGGAGGGGGGCAGUGAAAGUGGGGAAGGGGGGAAGGGAGUGGGGAGUGGGCAGGCGAGGGAAGGGGCCAUAGGGACGGGGGAGGAGAGAAGGCGGAAGCAACAGGGGGAUCAGCGAGUGGGGAGGGCGGGAGAGGGCGGAAGUGACGUGGGCAGUGUUGCUGACGCGGGCAGUGGUGCUGACGUGGACAGUGGGGCGCACAAGGCAGGGGGCGAGCAGGCAGGAGAUACCAAGUCAGCCAGCGUAGUGGAGGGGACGCCAUGGCGGGAGGAGGAGGAACCAGCUGCCAGCGAGGACAGCUGCUGCAGUGGCAACAGCAGGGGGAGCGAGGGGAAUGGGGGGAGUGGGGGGAAUGGGGGGAGUGGGGGAAGCGUUCAAGGCUGUGAGCAGCACGAUUCUGUUGAUGCUGUUGACUCGGUUGACUCGGCUGACUCAGGUGAUUCGGUUGCCUCAGGGGACAGCGUUGACUCGGUUGACUCCACAGAGGACACAGCAUGCUCCAGUGGUGGUGGCGCUGGUGACGGUGGUGCACUGCUGAGGUCAUCUGCAUCCAUGCCCUCGCUGCAGUCCCGCCAUCCAUAUCACCAUCCCCAUGCCCUCGUGCUUGCACACUCCCAUCCGCACGCCCAAGCAUCAGCCAUGGUUCUGAAUUCGCAAGAUGCUGCUGCUCCUCUCAUGCGACCGUCAGCCUCGUUCUCAGGGCCACUGGCGCUGUCAGGAGCACCACCACCACCAUCACCACUAGCUGCGUUCAGCAGGCGGGGCGGGGCGGCAGCAGGAACAUCAGCUAACCCUGGUGGUAACCGCAGCCGCAGCACCAGUGCUGGCAGCAGCAGUGGCAGUGGCAGUGGCAGCGGCAGUGGUAGUGGCAGCGGCAGCGGCAGCAGCGUGCAGCUGGCAGGCAAGGCAGAGGCUCUGAUUCGGUUCAUCGCCUCUCCUGCUGCUGCACCCCCUGCACAUCUGCAUGCACCAGUGCUCCCCUCACGAGCCCUUGGCAUGUGCGUGGCAUGGCUGGAGAGCGCUGCUGCCAGGCGCCCUGGCAUGUACGGUAGGCAGCAAGUGACCGGCCGGUGGGGCUAG